UUUAAAUUCGUCCAGAUCAACGCUUCGCUUCCUCCUGUUACUAACAGCACAAACCAAACAAACGGUGAUACCCCUUUCUGUUACUGAGAUGUCUUUAGUGCGAAUAAACCGUCCUUUCUAUUGUGCUGGUAAAAGACCCGUACGAACCAGAAAAGUGUCUGCACCCAAGAAAGAAUGGGUGAGCACAGUCAAUGAUCUUUCAGUGCACAAAGCCACGCCAGAGGAGCUGGCUCGACGUCAUGAGAUGCACAGGUCUCAGAACAGAGUCGUGGCACAGUGGGAGUUAAAAGAAAAGGCUCUAACACGCAGACGGAGGAAGAACCAGCCCCUGAGCCCUCCAGGACUUGAUAGAGCCAAACGAGACAUCAUCAGAGAAGUGUUUUCAGAUCACUGUCAGUUGCAGGAUGUCAUUGCAAGAUCAGACAGAGCUUUGGCUGUAGUGAAAGACCUUUUUGGCGAUGCACCUCGUAGACGCACAGGAUUCCCCAGCAUUACUGUGGCACCUGACUGUGACUCUGACUCUGAGCUUCCUGUUCAUCAAAAACCUGAUCCUCCAACACAGCUGUCAUUGCUCAGCCAGUCUAUGAUGGAUCAGCAGGCCCUGAAUGAGUUGGAGGAGCAUGAAGAAGAAUGUGAAGAAGUCCAGGAUGCCUCUGUGCACCUCAGAUCUUUGAUGCACAGGAAAAGAAAUAAAUGUAGGCCAAAGUCCUUUCCAAAGGGCUCAGAUAAUCCAGAGCAAGAUCUACCCCAGAAACCAUUCACUACAGGAGUCAGAGAAGGCCACGCAGCCCUCAAUGCCACAGUGGCUGUAGAGCAGGUAAAGUCUAGACAGACUCAUCCUGGUGUUAACCAGUCUACCUCGUUUGUCAACCAGGUUUUAAACCUGGAGCCUGCUUCCUCUCAACACGGUGUUAAGAACAGGUCAGCUCAAGCCAGCAGGGGGCGCUCAGCACAAACAUCUGCUCCGAAUGGCUCGGGGUUGAACUCAUUGGCAGGAAACCAGUCCAGUCUGGAGCUUCUGCAGAGCAUGCUUGAACAGGUGGAGACUGAGCUGGACUCUCUAGACCAGCGGAAUCCUCAAAGUUUAGAAACCAGACCUCAGCAGCAGAAACCAGGCCUCACCGGUUUCUCUGUGGCUCUACUGACCACACUCAGACGUAUAACCAGUCAUAUUAAAAAAAGAGAUGAGGAGUCUUUGAGGGAGACACAGGAGAGAAGAAGGCUAGAAGACGAGGUGAAGGAGCAGAGGGCUUUGAUUGAUGCUCUGACUGUGGAGUCCCUGACGCUGAGAGAGGAGAGCGCCACCAUUCAGGCGAGGUUGCAGCGGCAGAUCUCUGAUCUAGAGCAGCGACUAAAUGCUGUUACCCUGAUGGCAGGAGGACCAGAUUCUGCAGAACCUCACAGAACAGUGCAAAUCAUAGACAACACAACUCAAAGAAGCAGUCAUCCGGAGACUGAAAAGGAUCUACAGCAACAGGACUUUGUCUCUGCAGCCGUGCUGCUUUCUCCUCCUCGACAACGAGAUGGUCAUCCUCACACCGCGUUUCGUCCACAUCCGCAUUCAGCCACCCAGCUCUACAGCGGCUCCUGUGCUGCAACAGGAAGUCAGGGUUCACUGGAGGACUUUGACAUCUCCAUCUCUCCUUCCUCCUUCGCUAGUCUACCACGACCCGCUCAUCUGCUGGACGAUCUUUCUCAGGAUGCCAUGCUGGAGGAGAUUGCCGAACUGACUCGACAGAAUGCUGCCAUCAGGGCUCAGUUGGUGCAGCAGCGUCCAUCUCCAGCCGGAGCUUCAGUGUCCAGAGAGCAGAGCGCAGAAACAUUCUCUACAACCAGCUCCGUGUGUAGACAAACAUCACACUGCGCAGAGUCACAGCAAACACUGCAGCCUGUUUCAGCAGAAAGACCUUCAGCAAUGGAGAUCGAACAGAAACUGCAGGAACUGAACCGCCAAAGUGCCGAAGCUAGAGCUAAACUACUAGAGCUGAUUGAGCAACAGAAACAGAGCACAUCCAUCAGAGUUUCUCCUGCCAUCUCUCCUGUUCCUCCUUCCUCCAGCAGCACUCUCACAGUUAAAGGCUUCAAUCCAGGCUUCAAUCCACUUCCUGAGAGAAACCAUUCACCACAACUCAGUGCUAGCAUUCGAAGGUCAGCUGGAAGAGUCUCACCACACAGCUCUGAUAGUGGGGAAAUCCCAGAAAAUCAGGUGGACAAGCUGAAAAGAGAUGGCUGGUUUGCAUUGUCAGCUCACGUCAAAUAAUGUUUCUAUGCAUAACACUAUAUUUACAAUGCACAGCAUUUCCAAUACAUUUAACAUCCUUAGUUUGGUCUUCCUGACCAGUGUAAGAAACCAUGAGCGUUAAAGGAAUAGAUACAUUUUAUCUAGAAUGUAGUUCACUUGAACUCUCAUAUGAAGUAUUUUUUUAUAUAUAUAUUAGACAUGCUGAAUGACUUGUCAGCUUUAUUUAAUGUAUGAAUGCAAUGAAAAA